GUGUAUGUGAUAGGAAGAUUUGAGAAAUUUUUUCCCCUCGUAUACAUGUACACACGUAUAAAGUCAAGGUGGUCUUUAUCAGAUUUCACUUCUCAGUCUGGCACUGGUAAACAUGAGAGCGGCACUGUUUUGUCUUGCUGUAGUAAUGCUUGCAGGUUCAACCUGCCAAGCAUAUAGGACUGGAUCUCAAUGCUCCUGUCCUAAAAUUUCAGAAACGAUUCUUCCUCUUUCAAAAAUAAGAGGUUACUAUGAGCAAAAGUUAGGCCUCUGCCAUGUUGCAGCUGUUGUAUUUAAAACUGUGAAAGGUAAAGUGGUUUGCUCAGACCCAAAGAAGCCAUGGGUGGAAAGAGCCAAGAAGAUACUGGAUGCCAAGAAAAAUAAAUCCACGACAGCAGUUCCUACAAGAGCUGCUUUCAGAUCGACAAGAUUAAAUACAGCAGGACAACAGAUAAACACAUAAUCUACUCUAUAUGUGUCAAAUGAAUUAUUGUAUAGCACAUUUAUUCAUUCAUUCAUUUAUUUACUGUUGUACCACCGCUUUAUCCUAUUCAGGGCUGCGAUGGGGGCCAAUUCACAAACACAUUCACACACACACAGGGCUAUUUUAGUAGCUCUAAUUAAACUGACUGCAUGUCUUUGGAGGAAACCGGAGCACCUGGAGGAAACCCAUGCCAAAAUGGAGAGAACAUGCAAACUCCACACAGAAAGUACCAGAGUGCUCCACCUGGAAAUUGAAUCCAGAAUUCUUGCUUUGAGGCGACAGUGCUACUUUUUACUUUAGAAUAUGGAAGCUAAUAAUUUAUAUGAUGUAAUUGAUUUUAUACGUUAGCAGUGGGAGGGAUUGAAACACCUAAACUUAAUAAUUAGAAGGGGUGUCCAUGUAUCUUUACUCUGUAUGCCGUGUAUUUUGUAACACUCUUGUGCAAUAAUUAAUCCAAUAAAGAUAUUUGGAUGAUA